GUCCAGCUGUUUUUAUUCCCCCUGUAUCGUUGGCUGUUGUUAGAGAGCAUCCCGUUGUCUCCACUCCCUCAAGGCUAACUUCUUCGGCGAAUAGCCAUACAAGUUUUUGAAGAAUAAAGAGAAACCGUACCUUCAUGUGUUUGCUGCAGUGACAGUGAUGGCAGGUAGGGGCAGGCUGGUGCCCUGUGUGUGUCUGGGACUGUUUGGUGUCCUGUGCUGGGUAUGGGUCUCCUUUGCCUCCUUUCCAGACGAUCAACUUCCCCUGGAGGCUUUGGAUGCAGUGGACCGAGGAGCCUUUCAGCCCCAGAGUGCUCUAUCAGAGAUGGAGUUUGCCUCCAUCAGUUCAUACAGAGGACCUGGCAACAGUGACCGGCGCAGCAACAAGGAGCUGCCCAUUAUCCUCUGGUGGAGCGGGGGACUGUUCCCUCAUUUUCCAGGUGACACUGAACGCAUUGACUGUGCCACGUCCUCCUGCCUGGUCACAAGCAACCGCAAGGUCCAGCUGUACAAGCGAACAGCAUCCAUCAUCUUUUAUGGGACAGACUUCAGGGCAUAUGAGGCACCGCUCCCUCGACUCCGCCACCAGACCUGGGCACUGUUCCAUGAAGAGUCACCCAUGAAUAACUACAUCCUCUCUCACGGACCGGGAGUCAGGCUGUUCAACUACACUGCCACAUUUCGCAGAGAGUCUGACUAUCCUCUGACCCUGCAGUGGCUGCCCUCCCUGGGCUACUUGCUGGAGCCUGCAGCUGUGUUCUUGCAGGAGAAGAACCGCCUCAGGAGGGAGGGCAUGGCCCCUGUGCUUUACAUGCAGUCUCACUGCGAUGUGCCAUCAGACAGAGACAGAUAUGUCAAGGAGCUCAUGAAGUAUAUCGAGGUGGACUCUUAUGGGAAAUGCUUGAACAACAAACCUCUACCUGAACGUCUGGAGGAUACGGCCACCGCUACCGGCGAGGAACCCAGAUUCAUGAAUUUUGUUGCACGCUACAAGUUCCACCUGGCCCUGGAGAACGGCCUGUGUCCAGAUUACAUGACGGAGAAGCUGUGGCGGCCUCUCCAUCAGGGCUGCGUGCCUGUCUAUCGAGGCUCCUCUGUGGUGGUAGACUGGAUGCCCAACGACCACUCUGCAAUCAUCAUAGAUAACUUCCCCUCACCAAAAGCUCUCGCUGACUUCCUCAAACGUCUCGAUGAGAAUGAUGAUGAGUAUGCAAAGUAUUUAGAGUUUAAGAACCCCAGGCGAAUCACCAACACUCGCUUGCUGGAGGCUCUAGAGACUCGUGAGUGGGGGGUUAAUGACAUGAGUAAACCUAACUACCUGAAUGGAUUUGAAUGUUACGUGUGUGACCAGGAGAAUGCACGACUGACAGCAGAACGAGCAUAUAGGAAAGCACCGAAGAAGAACCCGCCUCCUCAGCCUAAAAUGGCAGAUAACUCUCACAUGGGGUGCCCUCUGCCCAGCCCUGGGUACGGAGACAUUCAAGACUUACCUGCAGAUGAUGCAUGGUUGCAAAUAUGGCCUCAGGAUUACUGGCAGAGUCUUGACCAAGCGGAGGGGCUGGAGUCUCUGAUAAGACAUAACGAGUCAGACCCUUCGCUGCUGUGGAAGCACAUCCAAAACAUCGCUGUGAGCAGAGCCAGAGGAAAACACUGACCCAGGCCUUGAAACAAACAGAGGAUGGAGCACAUGUAUAUUACAGGAGUGUCCCAUAUUAUGCAUCCCCCCCAGUUUAAAUGAGGGAAUGAAGCAGAAGUGACUCAUAUUUUUGCACCUGAGCCAAAACUCCUUUACUCUUAUGAGCAGUUUUAGUUAUACUGGAACAGAUUUUGAUAUUAUAUUCUGCUGACGUGAUACUUUUGUCCUUUAUCCCAAGUUCAGUAAUGGGAAAAUAAUGUUUUAGAGUGGUAUAUGCUAAUAUUUUCACGUUGUUUUAUUACUAUAACUGAGGUGCCAUCAUUGCCCUUACUCUGCAUUGCAUUGUUAAUGUUAACUGCAUGCAGUGCAGUUGUUCCAGAAAUGCACAUUCCCAUGGGAGGCACAUUUUCAUUGGAUUGGGACAGAGCCAAAGACGUGUCCUCUGUACCAAGGGAGCUCUGCCUAACUGAGUGUGAAGACCAUCAAGACAGUCGCCAAUGAACUGCAUUAGCUUCUCUACAGUUACUCAGCAGGUAGCUGAUGGUUAUUAGCUAAAGUCACAUUUAUGUACACAGCUAUUUUAAGUGACUAUGCAAGGAAAAUAUUAUCUCACCAAGGAGCAGAGAAAGGCAAAUGUAAAGUUAAGCACAACUCCCAGUGGGAAACCACCACUGCAUUUGCAGAAUUUCUGUGCUCGAUAUUUUAUACUGUUGCUCUAACUGUAUUCUGAUCAUUUUUACGUGCAAUAAUUUUUGACUAAUGCUUUUCUAAGACCUGUAACUGCUGGAGACUCCACAGCAAUUUUGUGUGUCUAUUGGCAUACUACCUUUGUAUCACAUAUUUAUACCAGGAUCAUAUAAAUCAUUUUAUUUUGUUAACAAAGCAUCAUACAUGUGAACACACUAUUUUGUAUCAAGAAGAACAAAGGAAGUAAACAUUUUGUAACAAAGUCA